UCCCAGCUGGAAGAGGCGGCGGCGGCGGCCGAGCGGGCGAGGCGCCCCGGGGACCUGGCAGCCGCGCACUGGGACCAGACUCCCCCGCCAUGACCAGCUCCCCCGUCUCCAGGGUGGUCUACAACGGCAAGAGGAACAGCAGCCCCCGUUCGCCCCCCAGCAGCGAGAUCUUCACACCGGCCCAUGAGGAGAAUGUGCGCUUCAUCUACGAAGCCUGGCAGGGCGUGGAGCGGGAGCUGCGCAGCCAGGUGGGGGGCGGCGAGCGGGGCCUGGUGGAGGAGUACGUGGAGAAGGUCCCCAACCCCAGCCUCAAGACCUUCAAGCCCAUCGACCUGAGUGACCUGAAGCGCAGGAACACGCAGGACGCCAAGAAGUGCUGAGGUGUCUGAGUGGCCCCAGACGGCAUGGCUGAGGCCCCCCACCUUGUGGGGGCUUCUCCAGCGAGCCCACCUCUGGGAGGCCCAGGCCUGGCCCGCCCCCGCCACCCCCCGGGCCUUGACUCUGACUCCUGACCCCUCCGCUCACCCCCGCCCGCUUGCAGCAGCAGGAGGGGACCAAGUCUCCUCUCCCGGCCUGGGACUCAGCGGGGCGGCCUGGAGGUGGGUGCGGGUGCCCCCCUGCACCCCGAGCGGAGCCCUCGCACCUCUGCUUCUCCGGACACACGGGGAGCACCUGGCCCUCCCUGACUGUCCAGCCGGCCCCUCCCUUCCUCGCACCGACCUCCGGCGCCUCCAAUUUUUGGCGCCCACAACCUGGCCCUGUGGUCCGCGGCCCCCCGGCCUGGUGCUGGGAGGCCACCGGGGUGCCUUGCCGCCAGGCCCGCAGGGUGUGCGGGGCGCUGAAUAAAGGCAGGUGGAACCAG